AUGGUGGAGCUUUCGGAGCUGCAGAUUGAUGCCACUCCAAUUGGUGGGCCCAUUGACCGGGAGGAGCAAGGAAGGAAGCCAAAGCGUUUUUUGAAGCCAAUGACGGCAGCCGUUCGCAACACCAUCACCAAUCUUCUCGGUCAUGUUGGCCAGGGGUGUCUUUCGGAUCCACCCGCGGACAAGGUGAAGAUUCAUCGCGUCAAUCCAAACACGGACAAGGCCUUCACAGCUCGCUCCACUGGUACAAACGAAGUGGAUAAUAGGGCACUUAAUCGGUUGUUGAAUUCGGCAGUUGUGGGCAUUGCACGUGCUGAGAGAGUUUUGUCUGACCAUUACGAGCAAUCCAAUCUCAGGAAAAGGGUGAGACGUCUUGGGGAGGAAGAACCUGUAUCAUGUCGUCUGGACAAAAUGUUGCUUCUUAACUCUUUUGCUCAGUCAUGUGGGUACGAGAACAAAGAUCUUCCGGCUCAGGGCAUAACAGCUCCACCACAGCUCCCUUUCGAAGAAUUCUUGGGGCUGGACUUUGAAUUGCCAGACAAUUUCAAGCCAGCUGAAGCCUCUGUGCAAGAUUUGGAUGAUGACCAAGGCGAGGAAGGAUUGGCAGAUUUGGCGAAUAUGAUGCUUGGCGAAGAUUGGUUGAAUGACGAAGAUGUGCCUGUGGAUGCAAGUCAGUUUCAGCUUCCAGCUAAUCUUCAAGAUGACGCGUUCGAUCCCAUUGGUCUACAGGAACGACACAUUCCAGUUGACGUUGCGGCAACUCUUCCAUCGAUUCGAGCUUAUGAAACAACACUGGAAGCUUACAAAAGAUGA